AUGCAACUCCAGGCCGGAGCUCAGAGUCUGAAAGACUUCGGCAAGGUCCAGGCCACUCCCAAGGCGCGGUGCAGUCCUCCUCGUUUCUUGUGCCCUUGUGUUGCGCUUUGUGCUGUUGCGACCUAUGGCUUGCGCUCAGCUGACCCAGCUCAAGACUGCAGUCAGCCCACGAUCAUCACGAUGCGAUCGUCCAUUGCCAUGGUCGUUGCUCUUGGCCUCGUCAUUUUGACGAGGCCAGAAAUUCCAGAGAUCCCGGGCUCCCUGCGGAAGCCCCGGGCUUUGAAGGAGACCUCGGACGACAAUGUGGACAAAAAUGACACCAGCGGUGGUACGGAAGCCUGGCGACUCCAUCCCAUGCCUAACCUGCUCCAAGGGCCAAGCUGCCCAGGAGAGUUGCGAAGAGUGCCGGGCCAGAUGGUCUUGGCAAUCCUGUUAAGCUUGGGCACUUAUGCGGGCCUGGCAGCCACAUGUUGGCUCGCAGCAUACUUGUGGUUUGCUGCAGAUCAAGCCCGAUGGGCACUGGCAAUGAAGUGGCUCCUGCCCAUCUUCGUCGCAGUGCCGGUGGGCCUGCUCGUCUCAAUGCAAGCGGCUCCGCAGAUUCAAGGGAAGCUUGAAAUCUCGAUCCCGCGCGAGUGGAAGCAAGUGCCACAUUGCAGGCUGCACUGGCUUGCCGCUCCAGAAGAUGUACUGCCCAAAGGCUGCAAUUCCAACUUGGGCCAGGAAACGAGCCGGCAACGGCUGGAAUAUUACUUCGUCCUGAUUAUUCUCGUCACCUUUUCUGCCGGUCUCAUGGGCCUGAUGCUGACACUGGCCGGCCGAGGCAUCAGGGCCAUAUCUCGCUGUUUCAGCGAGUCUGCGAGUGGGCCGAGCCAAUCAGCCAACGUAGCCAUGUACGAUCCAUUGACCAGUGCCGAGGAAGCUUCAACGCAGCAGAUAGGGAGUUUGUUGGCGACCAUAUACGUGUUUAGCUUUAAUGCUCUCUGUGCUGCACUGGCGGUUUGGGCGAUGGCCACGGAGCACCUGACUCUGCAAAACGGCCUUUGUUGGGAGCUAUGGCUGGGUUGGUUCACGGCCAUGCUCGCCAUGGCCUUGAUACAGGGCAUCUACUUUGCAGCACGUCUUCCAUCAAAUGUUCAAGUUCCCAACAUGGGCAUCUGCAUUGUGACAUCCGUCCUCCCGAUUCUCAGUGAGCCGUUGGAUACCUUCAAGGACUGGCUGUUUGUCGGUCUUGCCUUGUCAACCAGGACCCGCUUUGCCUUUUCGACCUUCCCGGGAGCCCUGAUGGCUUUGGUGGGCGUUGGCAUCCUCGGCAUCUCGGGCGCCUACAUGCUUCAGUUUCAUUCGGAAGAGCUCGAAGCAGGCCUACUGCCGGUUCGCGCCGCGAAUCUCAGAGCCUGGCUUGGGCGCCCUGAGGAGUCCUUCCUAUCAAAGCAAACCUCCCCGGCCAAGCUGGCCAUUGCGCUCACCGAAGACCUGCCGCAGGCAGCCUUGCAGACUUUCUUCAUCUUCUUGUACGGAGGCUCCAACACUCAAUCAGCGUUCAUCGGGAUCGCGGUCCUCAAAAUCUUGGUGUGUGUCACUCUGAGAGCCACGCUUCUGGAACGAGAAGGCCGCUUUGGGGAUGCUUACGAGGCUCAGCUCCUCUUCUACAGGUUGAAGUGGCAGGUCGGGAGCAUGCUCCUGGGUGAGCACAGCGAGUUCGCACUGCAGGCUAAGCGCAUGAUGGCGAGUUCGCUGGGCGACCUCGGCCGGCAUGCCGAAGCUUUGGUUGCACAGAAAGAGGUGCUGGCUGCCCAGCAGCAGGAAUGCUCCUCGGACAUCCUGGUGAUGCUGGAUCCUGGUGGCCUGGAGAAGCUGCAGCAGCUCAUCGACGGACACAUCUACGCGAGAUCGGACUGGCUCCAUGCCAUCCAAGCCCUGUGGCAAGAGUACACCGUCGACCGUUAUGCGAUCAAGCUGAAGAGGCGACACCGGUGCACGGCGCUGGACAGGCUGGGCGGCGAGGCGCUGACGCAGGACUUCGUCAGAGGCCUCGGCCUCAUGGAAGACCUCGACCAGCGCGUGAACGAGGUUUCCUUAUGGCACGGGACCAGCCCACAGAAUGCCUUCUCGAUUGCCAGGUACGGCGCCGGCACCUACUUCGCUGAGUGCAGCUCCAAGUCAGACGAGUACGCCCGGGAUGAUGCCGAAGGCAUCCACCAAGGUCUCUACUGCUUGCUGCUCUGCAGGGUCCUGCUUGGGGAGCCCCUGCAUUUGACUGCCGGGGGCGAUCAAGUCGGCCCGCUCGUCCGUGCAGCGCUGGAUUCGGAUUUGCUCUUGGGCAAGUACGACUCGGUACUUGGAGACCGCCGCGCUUCCGUUGGCACCUACCGUGAGUUCAUUGUCUACGACGACUACAUGGCUUAUCCUGAAUACAUAGUUGUUUACACCCGGCAGCCAACAUAG